AUGGCGGCGCCGCGGCUCGAGCCCGAGCUGGCCAAGCGGCUCUUCUUCGAGGGCGCCGCCGUGGUGAUCCUGGGCGUGCCCGCGGGCACCGAGUUCGGCAUCGACUACAGCGCGUGGGACGUGGGGCCGCGUUUCCGCGGCGUCAAGAUGAUCCCGCCGGGCGUCCAUUUCGUGCACUGCAGCGCGGCGGCGGGCGGCGGCCGGGGCGGCGGGCCGCGCACCGGCUUCUUCCUGAGCCUGCGGCGGCGGGAGCUGCGCGUGCUGCGCUGGAGCCCCCGCGACGAGCGCGUGGAUCUGACACCCGCGGCCCCCGAGGAGGGCGAGGCCAUGCGGGCGAAGCUGCCGGAGCUGGACCCGUUCCUGGGGCCCUACCCCUACGAGACGGUGAGGAAGUGGGUCUCCCUGAGCAGCUUCAUCAGCGAGUCGGUGGUGCAGGAGCUGCAGCCGGAGAGCGGGCAGAUCUGCGCCUUCGCCGAGGUGCUGCCCGUGCUGGCCGGCAAGCACAGCAAGGACCGCGCCGAGCAGAACCUGCCGCCCUACGACAGCGAGUGCAAGAGCUACGCGGAGGGCAUGGCGCGGCUGCCCGCCAUGAGGCCCCGCGCCGGCACCGAGAUCCGCUUCACGGAGCUGCCCACGCAGACGUACCCCGACGGCGCCACGCCGGCCGAGAUCACCCGGCACAGCAUGGACCUCAGCUACGCGCUGGAGAAGGUGAUCGGCGAGCGGUACCGCAGCCGGCCUCGCGACGUGCUCGCGGAGUUGCAGUUUGCUUUCAUCUGCUUCCUGAUUGGGAACGUGUAUGAUGCAUUUGAGCACUGGAAAAGACUCUUGAAUAUCUUGUGUCGCUCUGAAGAUGCCAUAGGGAGAUAUCAAGACCUUUACACAAACCUCAUUUCUGUGCUGUAUCACCAGCUCAAUGAAAUCCCAGCUGAUUUCUUUGUGGACAUUGUCUCCCAGGACAACUUUUUAACCAGCACCUUACAGGUGUUCUUUUCCUGUGUCUGCAAUGCUGCCAUUGAUAGGACACUAAGGAAGAAGGCUGAAAAAUUCAAGGCUCACCUAACAAAGAAAUUUAAAUGGGACUUUGAAGCAGAGCCUGAGGACUGUGCCCCCGUAGUGGUGGAACUUCCUGAAGGAGUGCAGGUGGACUAAGCUACAGGCCUGCUUAGAAACACGCAGUUCUUUUGAGUAACUUGUUCUCCACCAUGUCCCUAACCUUAGCAGCUUCCCAGAGCCUACUUCUCCAGCUGAUGCUAUUCCUGCUACAGAGGUGGAUUUGAAAACCACAGAGGCAUUUCUCACUCGGUGAGGAGACCUAUUCAAAUGUUGUGUGGCAUCAAUGGUUGCUUUGAACACUUUCUUUUUCCUAGGUCUUCUGCAGCAACUUCUCAUUCUGUACUUAGCCAUACUACUAGAUCCCUGAUGUCUUCCAUCUUCCCUGGGCAAGAGGUCACACCCUUCUAAGAGCAUCUGUGUUUUAGACAUGGAACAUUUGCUGCUCCAGUUUGAUGCAUCCCGAGUGAGAAGUGUAAGCUCACAUGACUGAUCAUUGCAGCGUUCUGCAGCCUGACCUCAAGCUGUGAAGUUCUGCUCUUCCCAGUCUUGGAGUAUACAGGAGUAUAAGCAAAACUGUUUCAAAAUGGUUAGAUAAUUGUGCUGUUUAAUGUGAUUUCUGACAAUGGCAUGUUGUGGAGGGGGGCUCAGAGCCACAGCAGAAUUCCUCCUGUGCUGUACCCCUAAUACAGAGGUAUCUUAUCCCUCCAAUUCUUUUAAAAUGCUUUUUAUAUUUACUGCUUUCAUUGUCUGUUUAGCUUGAUGUAAGAGAAUGCUAAGUCUGUUAACAAAAAAUACAGUCAUUGGACAGUAGCCAUCCAUGUUUCUAAACAGAAAGCAGUCAGAGUGAGCUAAAAGGUAAGACUUUUGUGCAAACUGGGCCCUUUUGUCUUGUUAGGAUUGGAAAUAUUAAGUGUUUUAACAGGUGCCAGUUUCUCCUUUCUCCCCAUUUCCUCAGGUGGGCUUAUAAAGAACUUGGUGCCCAUUCAUGGUUUUGGAAACACUGGAGAGUGACAUCAGUGUAUUAGCGUCCUUGUUGUGUUAUCUCGUAACAUGCUCUCUGAAGUGUAUAAUCACUAAGCUUUUUGGGUUUUGUUGUUGUUUUUGACUCCCCCAAAGGAGAAUCCCUGCUGUGUAGGGAUUUGAUCAUUCUGCUUGCUUGUUACUUUCUAGGUCUAGAACUCCUUCAGGAAUUUGCUUGCAUUUAUAUCUAACAAGAUACACUGUUUGUUAAGCUUUUAUAGUUCAAAAUAAAUCUCUUCUCAUUGCCUUUCUUACAGAAGACAUCUGUACAAGCUGUUAGUUAUUUAGCCAGAGCUUAUGGUGCCCUGGUACUGCCCCGUCUCUCUCUUUAGGAUGUCCAGUAACUCCAGAGGUAACACAGCAGUGAUAUCCAUGACAUCCAACAACUCCUAGUUAAAUGGUACGUGAUGUUGCCUGGCACAAAAUACAGCAUAUCCUGGAAGGGCAUAUGUGAUAAUGAAUUUCCCAAGUAAUGAAGUGCUUGUCACAGGAAUCAGCUGUCAGAAGUGAUAAUCAGCUUUGCUAUCUUUUCUCUCCUCAAGGGCUCUGUGUGCUUCAUUACUCGAGUGUCUUGGUUUGUCUAUUUUAAAUAUUGACCACAGACCCCUAGGGACAUGAAUUUGGCUGGAGUUGCUCCUAUCAAUGUGUUGCGCUUAAUCUUUUUCGCACUAUUUCUUGUCCUGAACACCCUUGAAAAUUUUCAUACCAUCAUUUCAUGAUCUCUAAAGGUCUUUGUGUCCUUUACUUGUCUGUAUCCCUAGGGAGUGCUGUCUUCGCAGUUGGUAUUUGGAUAAACCAUUUGCAGUCGGGUGUUCCCAGGGAUGAAAAGUCCCUUUUGGCUUGCUGGCUUUUUUUGUACCAUCUUGAUGAUGGGCUUUGUUGGUUUGGAGCAGAACACUAAUUACUAAUAAAAGUAGAAAAGAUGACAAGAGACCUAUGUGCCUUCCUGUCUGGAGGGGAGAUGGGAAGAAUACGGCUCUGUGAGAGAGCCUUCCCCUGGCCACAGGUGAGACUAGCUAGGCAAAGCUAGUGUUUUGCAGGCUAUUCUGGCAGUGCUCCCACGUCUUUGCUUUUGUUAAAUCUCAAAAGCAGUAACUGAAAGCUGAUAUCCAAAGUAUCGGGUUCCCAUGAGGAACUGCACAUCAAGCAAUCAAGAAAAGAGAUUGUAAUUGCCUUUCUACUGUCGGGUUUUUUUCCCCUCACUUUCUUUAUUGCAAGGUUAUAAUACGAAGAGGAAUGCUAUCUCUUAUUAGGCCCAUGAAAUAGCUGGUAAAGAAACAGGCCUGGACUUUUUGUUAGAUGUGAAACAGAAGCAGCAAACUUUCAUCUAAACACAGAUUGAGGUCAGUUGCUCAGCCUUCAACUCGUUUAAUGGAAUCAUUCAGACACUUGGAGACGAAAAGGAAGUUGGCACAUGCAAGACAACACAAGGGAUAUGUUAGUAAAAGGGAAGGUCUUAAAUUGGGGAGGAGAGAGGAGGACUUCUUUUCCUGUUGAAGUUGUCAGGAAGGAGGGUUUAAGGAAACCUCUAAUGUGUAGUGGAAGGAAUAUUUUUUUUUCCUUAGGCCAGCUAUGACUUCCUCUCCAACUAAGGCAGAUAAAAUAACCUGAAAGCAAAAGAGGGAUUGCAUGUGUAAGUGUAAAUACACACUACUGCAAGCUAAUGAAGUGUAAGAGGUGAUGUGCUUGCAGCAUUGAUUCAGCAGUGAAUUAGGGUCAGGCCCAGCAGCUUUUGGUUUGUUGUGAUGUGCCACUGAAGCGUAAGGUAUGUUGGCUUUUCUGCUCAUGUGGAGGGCUGUCCUGAUGCCAGAAUUAAGUGAGUUAGACAAAUUGGUGUCUUUCCUGACCUCCGAGAAACUUGCACUGCAGACUGUGUUGGAGCGUGGACCGGGCUCCGUCUCAAGUGAGGUGGGUCUCCCGUGGAUUAGCAGGGCGGUAUUGAGCUAGCCACUGAACAUGCCCUGCACAUCACGUUUACAGUGCAAACCUCGGUAGAAUUUUGUUUAGUCCUGAGAGCUGCUCUUCUGUUUUUCAUUUUACUCUUGAGCCCAGUAACAUUAGCCAGACCAGAGUUGGGCGAUGCUACAACACUUACAUUGUGUGGUAGCCUGGGUGUUCACCACCAUCAGCUGCAAGUUUCAUCGACUCUGCAAGCCCAAAGCGUGCAGUGUGCUAACUCGGCUUAGGGAGAGCAUCCCUUCCUUCCCAUGAAAUACACAGUUAUUUUAUUGGGAAGUAGGGAGUGUUUACAUUUUCUUCUGCUCAGUACUUUCCUUGUUGGCCUUCUGUCAUCAUGCCUUUCUGAAGAGAAAUGGCACGUCUUGUCCUCUCAGCUCAUGGAGCUUCCUUUCCGAUUUGCUCCUCCUCUCCGCGGUUGCUCGAAAAGCAGACCGUUUCCACCUGCUCUCAGGUGGAUUGCUGGUGAUGACUGCGGUGUGUCAGGGCUGAAUGUCCACCAGGA